AGACUUAUUCUCCUUUCCUUCUUCCCCCGUCCCUCUCCUCGGCUGUUCUCUUCCUUCCCGUGAGCCUUUGCGGCGUGACUUCUCCCUUGCCUUGACCAAAGUUCUCCCGGCGUGCCUUGUGGCGACGGCUAACCAGGCCAAGAGCGAUGGCGGCGGCAGCGGCGGUGCCUUCGGGUCCUGCGAGCCCGGUGGGUCCCGCGGCCAGAGACCUCUUCGCGGAAGGGCUGCUCGAGUUCCUGCGCCCGGCCGUACGGCAGCUGGACACGCAUGUCCACGCAGUCAGGGAGAGUCAAGUGGAAUUGCGGGAACACAUUGAUAGCUUGGCUACAGAGCUCUGUCGCAUCAACGAAGACCAGAAGGUUGCCCUUGACCUGGACCCUUAUGUCAAGAAGCUGCUCAACGCCCGGCGCAGGGUCGUCCUUGUUAAUAAUAUCCUACAGAAUGCACAGGAGCGCUUGAGAAGACUCAGCCACAGCAUGGCCAAGGAGACUGCCCGCAGAAAAGCCAUGCUUGAAGGGAGCAGCGCCUACCCUCAGGGCUCACCCAGCAAAUGAGAAGACCUUGCCUAAGGGAACAUCCAGAGAGAGAGAAGCACAUGAUUGCUCGAAGCUGCAGCAUUCUUACUGUGUGGGUGUUGCGGGCUCACGAAGCACAAUAUGAAAGCGAUAAAGUCCGGCCUUUGGACACUGCACGGUGCUAGGAGCCCUACGUAUAGAAAGGAAUUCCUGUGUAUGGAACUCUCAUAUCACAAAAGAAAGGGUGUGGGCACAUAGAUUUCCUAAAAUGCUCCCCCUGAGGUACUCUUUAAGAUGGAGUUGGUGCAAUUGGGUCUGCCUUUGGCUCUGGAGUAACAUAGGCCAAGAACUGCGCCUCUUGCUUGUGCAAUAAAAGUUUACGCCAGUUAAUCUUUA